GAGCGCUAUAAAAGCGUCCAGCAGACCCACUGGACACGAGCUGACCCGAGACACAGAAGAAGAACCAGAAACUCCAGCACACGGUAAGUGGCAGGAAUGGACGCCCCAGCACCUGUUGAGAAGAGAGGACCCCCAAGGUUCAAGCAGAGGACCGCUCGCACUUUCAAGAGCAAGGCUCCCAAACCCGGACAGAAAGGCUUCGGAGACGACAUCCCUGGAAUGGAGGGUCUUGGCACAGACAUCACUGUGAUCUGCCCCUGGGAAGCGUUCGGCGACAUGGAGCUUAGCGAUCUGGCCAAAUAUGGGAUUGUGUAGCACCUCAUGCAUCCUCCUGAGAUCAUAGUUUCUAGACUCGUCCGUUCACACCAGACUGAACCAGCAGCAGAUGCUCUCAGCCCAACACACACAGAAGAUGGGACGUGAUUAAUUAAUAAAUGAGGGAAUAAGGACUCUCUCAGCCGCAGACCUGAAGGAAUCGACCUCAGAGCCACAACAUCACUCACUCUCUAAUGUCGUAACGAAAUACAGAACUGCGUACAAAUCAACUUUAUUUUUUUGAACUGUAAAUAUGACUGUUUGUGUCUGAAUCCUUUCAUCACGGUUGAUUAAAAACCACUUUCCCAUGAA